UACAUCAGGUAAUCGUAAGUUGCCCAAAAACUUAUUUUGCCUUUCGGAAUGCGUCACAAGCAUUUUCACAAACAACAUACGUGCAUUUACAUUCUUGGUCUGUGUGCAACACUUAUCGACUGUCUGAAUUAGUGAUGAUGGCCGUUGCAAACACCGUCGGCCUUUGGCCUCGCAAUAUUACCUUCUAUUCUCCGACAGCCGCACCACAUAAUCUCGGCAAACCUUUUUGCUUUCGUUCCCGGCGCCAAAAUUGCAAUACAAAUUCCGUCGAUGUAUAUCCCAGUAAGAUUUCCGACAGAGUUUUAAUGGACAUUCAGAAUUCCGGCAUAAUUGCUUGCCUCCGCGCCCAAAGUGCAGAGGUAGCAAUUGAAGCUGCACGUGCUGCAUUUAGAGGUGGAAUAUCAGUUUUGGAAGUUACGAUGUCGACCCCGGGUGUUUUCGAGGUUUUGGAAUGUUUGGUCCAAGAAUAUCCUGCAUUGUCGAUAGGAGUUGGAACCGUUUUAGAUAGAGAAAAUGCGAAAGUUGCAUUAAGACUCGGUGCUAAGUUUUUAAUGAGUCCCGCAAUGGUGAAGGGCAUUCUAGAUGACGUUACAGAGUAUCAGGCUCUAUAUAUACCCGGGGCAACUACCCCAACAGAGAUAUUAUCUGCAUCCAACGCCGGAGCAAGAAUUGUCAAGGUAUAUCCUGUCUCUGCAUUAGGUGGCGUCGAGUACAUGGCAGCGGUGAAGAAGCCGUUUCCACAUAUUCCGAUGGUUGCGUCACAAGGCAUAACACUAGAUUCGGUAUGUCAAUAUAUUAGUAGCGGAGCAAUGUCGGUUGUUUUAUCAGAUGCCAUAUUCAACAAAAGGGCAAUGUUUCAACGAGAUUUCGUUCUUGUGAAUCAACUCGCCACCAUUGCAGCUUUUACAGCCAAAGAAGCUAUAAGGUACAAGAAAAAAAGGGUAAAUUACGGCCGCCCCCGAGGUAAGGAAAAACAGGGAAUCACAUAG